UUUUUUUUUUAAUUACUAAAAAGCGCAUAGCAUUUUUGUGCGUUGUUUCUACUCUCUUCACUCCCAUCAGAUUCUGACCAACUAAACAAGCAAAGUACCAUCAAACUGCAUCCGAAACCGAUCAAAUUAUGGAGAACCCUAACAAUGCCAACACCCAUCAACCCCAACGCCCUACCGAAGAAAACAACGACGACAUCGACGAACAAGAAGACGAAGACGACGAGGAAGACGAAGACUACAUCGAUGAUUCCGACUCACCGACUCCCCUAAUCCCCCAAUCCCCAAUCGCCCGUUUGCGAGAGCAGAAAUUCAAACUUGAAACCCUUUCCCGCCGACUCUCAUCGGAACUUGUCCCUAUCCGAGUCCACGACGUCAUAAUUCGCGGCAACACGGCCACCAAGGACUGGGUGAUCGAAGCGGAACUCAAGGGAAUCGAGGAUGUUACCACCAUGCAGGAACUCAUUCGUGAAUCGGAAAUCGCACUUGCGAGGCUUCAGAGCCUUGGGGUUUUUGAAUCGACUAAGGUUAGUCUUGAACCGGGUCCGCCGGAGCUGCCUAACACUGCCAAUGUCGUCAUCAACAUCGUUGAGGCUGUUAACAAAGUCUCUGGUGAAUUUGGUGUUUAUACCAAACCCUCGACCAGUUCUUGGACUGCUGAAGGUACUCUUAAGUACAAAAAUCCAUUAGGUUAUGGUGAUCUAUGGGAUGCUUCUGUGGCUUACGGUGCUAACCAAGCAACAGAGGUGAGUGUGGGGUUAUAUGUUCCUCGACUUAAAGCAACUUCAACUCCCAUUGCAGCACGUCUGUCCAUGCUUUCCCAAGAUUGGCAAGAGUUUUCUUCUUACAAAGAGCAAUCGUUGGGCAUGUCUCUUGGCUUAAUCUCAACAAAGCACCAUGAUUUAGCAUACACUCUUGGAUGGCGUACCUUAACAGAUCCAUUACAAAUGUCAUCCAGGUCUGUAAGGAGGCAGCUCGGCCAUGGUUUGCUUUCAUCUUUGAAGUAUACAUUUAAAAUUGAUAGGAGAAACUCACCAAUUAGGCCAACAAAAGGACAUGCUUUUGUUUCUUCCACUCACCUUGGCGGCCUUACACCAGAUCAUCGCAGCUUGCGGUUUUUGCGUCAGGAGUUUGAUGUUCGGUAUGCUGUUCCCUUUGGGUUUUAUAAUACAGCACUGAACCUAGGGAUUUCUGCUGGUGCUGUUUUUCCAUGGGGACAUGAUUUCAGGAACAAGCCAUCUCCCCUUCCUGAAAGAUUUUAUUUGGGUGGUGAUUUCUCUCCAAUUUGCACCCUAGGAGGGCCAAUGACAUUAUGGGGAUUUAAAACCAGGGGAUUAGGUCCUGCUGAACCACGAAGACAAAGCAGAGAUGUAUUCAAUGAUGACAAUAAUGAUUCCUCUAAAUGGGACUUCGUUGGAGGAGAUCUUGCUGUUACAGCUUUUGCAGAUCUCUCUUUUGAUCUUCCGAUUAGGUGGUUAAGAGAACAUGGGGUUCAUGGCCAUGUUUUUGCUGGUGCAGGGAAUACUGCUAAAUUAACUCAGAAUGAAUAUAAGCACUUCUCCCCUCAGAGAUUCUUAGAAUCCUUCCGAACAUCAGUUGGAUGUGGAUUUGUUGUUCCUACUAGUCUUUUCCGCCUAGAGGGUAACUACUACUACAUACUCAGGCAGAAUGAACAUGAUCGUGGUAAAACUGGAUUCAGGUUCAGCUUCUCAGCUCCUUCAUAGAGGCUGAUUUCACAACCGAAAUUCUUUUCUUUUUAUGUAGUUUUCAAGCAUCAGACAUUUUUGCUGUCUGUUACUGGAGGGCUAGUUAUUUUUCAUUUCCUUGUCAUUUAAAAUCCAGACCGAAAAUCAAGCAAAGGCAUUGUUUCUGAUUUGGGGAUUUAUAGGAAUUAGUUUUUUGAAUAGAUAUUACCCCUCAGGGGUCAUAAUAUGUAGCUGAUGCUCAUUGCAUGUCAGAUGAAUUAAAUUUCAAAUUUAUGCACUCAUGUAAGAAGGCCUUGAUUGGCACUAAGAACUCUCAAACUUUGUUUGUCCAGCAUAAAUUGCAAAUAACCCAUGAUUGGUUGAGGUCA